AUUGCUGCAAUAGGGGUGAGGUGUUUGGGGCUUGUGAGUUUAAAAAGAAGGCACUGGUAAUUUACUGCCUUUAUCAUUUGAGCCCAAACAGGAUAUUGUUUCACACCAUAGAAAGCAGCAACACCCAAAAUCAUGCCUACUACAGGGAGGCAUUUGUAUGGUAGGCAGGCCAGCUCAAGGAGUGAACAUAGUGAUAACCAGCUGUACCCCAGUUUAGCUGGAACGGACAUCGAAAUGAGCAAUCUCGGGGAAGAUGCGGCUUUAUUGCUGAAAUGGAAACCCAUUUUUGACCAAUUUGAUUCAGACAACGAUGGUGCCAUUCCAUUAGGAGAGUUGGCUAGUGUAUUAAAACGAGCUGACACCAGCAUUCCAUCGUCGGUGAUCAACGAGAUCGUUUCCAUGGCCGACAGAGAUCGUAACGGGAAAUUGGAUUUUCGUGAGUUUAUGACUCUUGUCCGUAACCACGAUUUGGCCAUGCUCUACCCGAAGCUAAAUAUGAUGAUGAGGACUGCUGCGUACGUCGUUGUGCCAAGAGGCGAGCGAAAUGACGUUGUAAAAAGCGGUUUAGAAGAAUACAAAUGCUGCCCACCGCCUUUGCUGAUGCCGCUACUUAGCCUUAUCGAAUUAGGUGUCUUUAUCUACUACGCUGUUGAAAUGGGCGGUGUUGGACCGAAUGGACCUGUUCCGUUCAAAUCUCCUCUCAUAUACGACCCGUACAAGAGAUACGAAGCAUGGCGUUUCCUUUCCUAUAUGCUCAUACAUUCAGGAUUUAUCCAUAUUGGUACCAACAUACUGGUUCAAGUAGUUCUCGGGAUCCCCCUGGAAAUGGUCCAUUCGUGGUGGAGAGUGCUCAUUAUUUACGUGGCUGGCGUAAUUGCGGGUUCACUCGGCACUUCCGUAGUCGAUCCAACCGUUUAUCUUGCUGGUGCUUCUGGAGGGGUCUACGCUUUACUGCUUGCCCAUUUGGCUAGCCUCAUUUUGAAUUGGAAGGAGAUGGAAUUCGCCAUUUGGCGCUUGCUGUUUAUCGUCAUACUGGUGGGCGUCGACGUGGGCACGGCAGUUUACUAUCGCUAUGUCGAGAACGUGGACACUAAGGUGGGUUACGCCGCCCAUUUCGCCGGUGCCAUUGCCGGCCUCCUCGUCGGCGUCAACGUCCUGCGUAAUUUGCAAGUCGAAAGAUGGGAGAAGGUCGUGCGGUGGAUCUGUUUCGCCAUGUACGUCGCCCUCAUGGCCGCUCUUAUCGCCAUCAACUUCCUCUGGGUCGAACACUUCCCACCGCCACGCUGAAUG